CGCCGCCGCCGGGACACAUUUAGUACAUAUACAACACGCACAGUUGCACCACAUCAUGCACGGGUUACCCUUACGGUCGUUGUCCGUCGUGUUGUUUUUCAUAUCGACCGCGAUCGCCACCGCCGACUAUAGUAUCGCGUCGGCCUUGCCAGGCGAUUCGGUACGGGAAGCGCGUUGUAUCGCCAAGUGUUACCAUCAGCCGGCGCCAGAACAACCCAAAUGUUACAGUGGAUGUUGGAACGAGCCGUGGAUUAAGCCGGGCGGGUGUCCGGUCGCCGACCUUGAUGAUGUUUCUCUGGACCGUCCGUGUCUGGAGCAAUGCGACGCCGACGACUUUUGCCAAGGCGUUUAUAAGUGCUGUCGGCAUAGUUGUGGUAUCACGUGCCAACCGCCAGUCGGCCUCAGCGACUAUCCCGGUCUCCCAGACGAGCCGACUAUAGUGGCGGUAUCUGAUUAUGGUAAAACGCUGCAAGUUGAAUGGACGUUGAUGAACCGUGGUAAUCAUCAUGUGACAUACUUGCUGCAAGAACGGCACCACGUGGGCGUUAAGUAUGUGCCCGAACGAAUGACUCCUUGGGUGACCGUAGCCAGAACAGACAAGACCCGGGAAGUAUUAAAGAAAAUACCAACGGCCGGAAGAUGGUUUCAGUUCCGUUUGGCCGCUGUCAAUGAAAACGGCACAAGAGGAUAUUCAAAACCGUGUCGGCCAUUUUUCGUUAAUCCCGGUCCGAAUAUCGAUCCACCGGGGCCGCCUGAGAACCUCAAGGUGACUUCGUUGAAAUGGACGGAUAAAGGGUAUCAACAAUGCGUGCUAUCGUGGACGCCUCCCGUCAAAGCCAUGCUGCCCGUACGCAAGUACAAAGUGUUCAUAAGCGAACAAGACGGAUCCCAUCUAUAUCACAAGCGGCAUGUUUUACCAGCAGAUACACUGAGGUUUCCCAUCAGAAAGCUGAACGCAAAUUCCGAAUAUUUUCUUCAAGUGCAAGCCAUCAGCGAAUUCGGAAGAAAGAGGCUGGCCGGUCAAAAGGCUUCGGUGACAUUGAAAACUGAAGGCAAGAAAUUGUCGAAAAAUACGAAAAAACUUAACGGAUUGAAAAUCGUCAAGUUUAUCAACAGCACUGGUGGCGAUACGUUCAACGUGAGGAUAUCUUGGCGACCGGUCGGGGUCAAUAUGAUAUCCAAUCAGACUGUGUACACUUUUUCGUGUAUACCAGACAACUGCCCUUUAGACAGCAAGGCGUUCAAUACGAAAACCAGAUUGGCGUACUUCGACAUGUUUUCGCUGAAUGGGUUGUGCAAGUAUCUAAUUGUUGUAACGACCGGGUACAACGGAUCCAAAUACAUGGCGUCCCUUAAGAUUGGAAUACUUACAUAACUAGUGUUUGUACAUUUUUGAACAUCGUUAGUGGGUGAUUGUACUUAGGUAUCCUACAUUAUAAUAGUAUUAUAGUCGUUUUAAAAUAUUUAACUCGAUAGUUGGAGUAGAAACAACGACAAGGUUUUACAGAACGGCAAAUUGUGUACUAGAGUGUAAGCUAAUAGUUUUUUAACAUAUACAAUAUUACUAUAAGUGAAUAAAGUUUUUUUAAUAAAAA